GAGGAAAACCAGUUAAACUCCAGAAGUGAAAACUGCUUAACCUAUCAAUGCAACAUAUAUAAUAAGAUCUGAACAGAAUUAAGAAGAAAGAACUUCCACAAUCAUAGCAGAUGAAGAUCCACUGGUAAAUCAAUCAGAAAUUUUGGCCUGCCCGCCAAGGAAAAGUGUUCAGAUGAAAAGACUAAUAUGAUACCAGGAAGUCAAUGACAAAGGGCAGGGAAGGAAGAAGUAUAACAAACUCAAGUCUGCCGGAAGAAGUGUGACGAAGUCACAUCCAGACAGCAGAGAAGUUGGCCACCUCUAUCAUGCCAGAUGUUCCAGAUAAAAAACAUGAAACCCUCUUCCUCCCCACCUAGAGAAAGCACCUGUAAGCAAGCAACGAUGACAAACGUGCCACAAGAGUGCUGUUAUUGCCACGUGAAACAUGAUGAUCAAAAUCCUUGUUUCUGUCACAGGCUUCAGAUUCUCACGUCAGUUUGAAAUAACAGAGCACUUACUGAGAGUGAUUGGUGUGGUCUGCUACUGUUUCAAGUACUUCACACGCUUUGGUUAUUAAGUAGUCUUUUAUUUUGCUAUCUUUACCUAUCACUUAAGCAAAAGCUUUGCAGGGCGCGCGCGUGUUUGUGUGUGUCUGUUGAGGAGGGGUGCUAAAUUUUGUGGGCUAGUGCUUAAUUUAGUAUACAAAAAUCUGACAAAACUCUUCUAAACACAUUUUCUAGAAGUGCUGUAUAUUCUCCUAAGCCCUGGGUCCCGCCCCUGCCGAAGCAAAGACAACCAUAAAGAGGGAGGGACUAACAACUCCAUCUGAAAAUGAACCCGAUUUUAAAAUGGCAAGAUUUUUAAAAAAAAAUUUUCGGGGCGAACGAAUCACUUCUAGGAGCAAUGGAAGGGGAAAUAGGGAAAUUUCGGGUAGUGUCCUCAAAACCUGUACACAGAAUCACCGCCGCCUGUCUCUCCAUCUUAAACUGGUUUCAUGAUCUCUCUUUGCUAGACGAGAAGUUCAAGUUCUCAGGGCGCACGCUGUGACCUCUAGUGGUGGGCAUCCGGCGAACACCGGGGCUUCGGGCUGACACCUGGGACGGCACCUGGGCCGCAUUUCCUUGCCGGCCCGUGGUUUCCUACACAUUAGGCGGCGGCUUGCCAUUCAUGCUUUUGACAGCUGCGUGGCCGCCCGCGAGCGGAAAGCGAAGUGCUCCCUGCACCAGCCUCUGGGCCCCUGGUCCGAAACCUCGGGCGGGAGGGCCCGACGGCGACCACAUUCGAUGGUGCCCCGGGGCCGGCCAGCCCGCUCCUCCAUAGGUGGCUGCGUUUCCGACUUCGCCCUGGCUCCACUCCGGGGGCUUGACGUGCAAACUUCGCCGGAGCGAGCUGAGAGGGAGGGACCGGCGUGGGGGAGGAGGCGGCGGGAGGCGCCUCUGCUUAAGGGAGCCGGCCGGGCGCCGCGGCUCGGACGGACGCGCGGACGGAAGGAAGGAGCGGGGCCGCCGGGCCCGGCCCGGGGAUGCGAGCGGCCUCAGGGAGCGGAAAGAAUGUCGGAGCGGGCCGUGGAUGACGUCAGGGGGGAGCCGCGCCGAGUGGCGGCGGCAGCGGGCGGAGCAGCGGCGGCGGCCGCCCGGCAGCAGCAGCAGCAGCCGCAGCAGCAGCAGCAGCCUCCGCAGCCCCAGCGGCAGCAGCCGCCGCCGCCGCCGCCGCCGCGGCGCCUCCGGCCGGAGGACGGCGGCCCGGGCGCCGCCUCCACAUCGGCCGCCGCCGCAAUGGCGACCGUCGGGGAGCGCAGGCCCCUGCCCAGUCCAGAAGCGAUGCUGGGACAGUCGUGGAAUCUGUGGGUCGAGGCUUCCAAACUUCCUGGGAAGGACGGGACGGAAUUGGACGAAAGUUUCAAGGAGUUUGGGAAAAACCGCGAAGUCAUGGGGCUCUGUCGCGAAGACAUGCCAAUAUUUGGUCUCUGUCCAGCCCACGAUGACUUCUACUUGGUGGUGUGUAACGACUGUAAUCAGGUUGUCAAACCGCAGGCAUUUCAAUCACAUUAUGAAAGAAGACACAGCUCGUCCAGCAAGCCUUCUUGGGCCGCUCCUCCCACUUCAGUAUUUCCCUUCUUCCCUUCUCUGUCCAAAAGCAAAGGAGGCAGCGGAAGUGGAAGCAACCGUUCUUCCAGUGGAGGUGUUCUAGGCGCAUCCUCAUUAAGUUCCAAGUUGCUGAAAUCACCCAAAGAGAAAUUGCACCUCAGGGGGAACACCAGGCCAAUGCAUCCCAUUCAGCAAAGUAGAGCCCCCCAUGGUAGAAUCAUGACGCCCUCUGUCAAAGUGGAGAAGAUUCAUCCGAAGAUGGACGGCACACUACUGAAAUCUGCGGUGGGGCCGACCUGUCCUGCUACUGUGAGUUCCUCAGUCAAGCCUGGCCUUAACUGCCCCUCGAUACCAAAGCCAACCUUGCCUUCACCUGGACAGAUUCUGAAUGGCAAAGGGCUUCCCGCACCAUCCGCUCUGGAAAAAAAGUCUGAAGAUAAUUCCAGUAACAGGAAAUUUUUAAAUAAGAGAUUAUCAGAAAGAGAGUUUGAUCCUGACAUACACUGUGGGGUCAUCGAUCUCGACACCAAGAAGCCCUGCACCCGGUCUUUGACAUGCAAGACACAUUCCUUAACUCAGCGGAGGGCUGUCCAGGGUAGAAGAAAACGAUUUGAUGUGUUAUUAGCCGAGCACAAAAACAAAACCAGGGAAAAGGAAUCGAUUCGCCAUCCGGACUGUCAGCAACCAACGCAGCCUCUCAGGGACCCGCAUCCCGCCCCUCCUAGACCUCCACAGGAGCCACACCAAAACUCUCACGGAGUGAUUCCUUCUGAAUCAAAGCCUUUCGUAGCUAGUAAACCUAAACCUCACACCCCCAGUCUUCCAAGGCCUCCAGGCUGCCCUGCACAGCAAGGCGGGAGUGCCCCCAUUGACCCUCCUCCAGUCCAUGAAUCUCCACACCCUCCCCUGUCUGCCACUGAGCCAGCUUCUCGGUUAUCCAGUGAGGAGGGAGAAGGCGAUGACAAAGAAGAGUCUGUUGAAAAACUGGACUGUCAUUAUUCAGGUCAUCAUCCUCAGCCAGCAUCUUUUUGCACAUUCGGGAGCCGGCAGAUUGGAAGAGGCUAUUACGUGUUUGACUCCAGGUGGAACCGGCUUCGCUGCGCCCUCAACCUCAUGGUGGAGAAGCAUCUGAACGCGCAGCUGUGGAAGAAAAUCCCACCAGUGCCCAGCACCACAACACCCGUCUCCACACGUGUUCCUCACCGGACAAACUCUGUGCCCACAUCGCAGUGUGGGGUCAGCUAUUUGGCAGCGGCCACUGUGUCUACGUCCCCAGUCCUGCUCUCGUCCACCUGCAUCUCCCCAAACAGCAGAGCGGCACCAGCUCAUGGAACCACACUGAACGCACAGCCCGCCGCCUCCGGGGCAAUGGAUCCUGUGUGCAGUAUGCAAUCCAGACAAGUGUCCUCUUCGUCCUCCUCCCCCUCCACACCCUCCGGCCUUUCCUCAGUCCCCUCCUCCCCUAUGUCCAGAAAACCUCAGAAGUUGAAAUCCAGCAAGUCUUUGAGGCCCAAGGAGCCUUCUGGUAACAGCACUAACUGUCACAAUGCCAGUAGCAGUACCAGCGGCGGCUCAGGAAAGAAACGCAAAAAUAGCUCCCCACUGUCAGUCCACUCCUCCUCCUCCUCCUCCUCUUCCUCCUCCUCCUCCUCUUCCUCCUCUUCCUCCUCUUCUUCUCAUUCCAUGGAGUCUUUUAGGAAAAACUGUAUGGCACACUCUGGGCCUCCCUACCCCUCAACGGUAACAUCUUCCCACGGCAUCGGCCUCAACUGUGUGGUUACUAAAGCGAACUCGGUGAGUGUCCGGCACGACCAGUCAGGGAGGGGCCCCCCCGGUGGGAGCCCCGCUGAGUCCAUCAAGAGGAUGAGUGUGAUGGUGAACAGCAGUGACUCCACGCUUUCUCUUGGCCCGUUCAUUCACCAGUCCAGCGAGUUGCCCGUCAACUCCCACGGCAGUUACUCACACUCUCACACUCCUCUAGACAGACUCAUAGGAAAGAAAAGAAAGUGCUCGCCCAGCUCAAGCAGCGUCAACAACGGCAGCAGCAAACCCACAAAGGUUGCCAAAUUGCCAGCCAUGAACAACGUGCACAUGAAACAUGCGGGCGCCAGCCCAGGGGCACAAGGACUGACGAACAGUUCCCUCCUUCAUCAGCCAAAGGCACGUCCCUGACAGCUGAACAUGGCACGGGGAGGAAUAAUCUGGACACUUUUGACGACAAGUUACACCUCCACUCAGCACUAUGGACUCCACGAUGCCUUUGAGUCUGUUUUCCCAACCUCCUGUGGGCCUCGAGGGUAGAAAUCUGCCGGGCUGUUGUUGUAACGAGGAUUUCCCUGAAGCUAUGUCAGUAGCAGUGAGUACUCGUAAAGGACACUGGAUCAAGUUCAGCCACCGAAAUUGCUUUUAUCAGUGUUAAAGUGGUCUGGACUGCUUGCUACCAAUCUGUGAGAAGUUUUUGCUUUGUUUUUUAACUUGCAGCACAUCAUGGAGCCGCUCUUUGAGUAGAUUGGCUGGGGGAGAGCAUGUCUUGGCAAAAGCAUUACUGUAGACUUUCUCCCUUCCUCCUCUCCCCGUCCCAGGUGUUUUUCUUACACUGUCUUCUGUAGGUCCCUCUCCAGCAGUUAGGUACCCCAGCUGGAGACGCCUUCCGGAGGAGGGCAGAGCUGCCCCCUGCACAGCCCUUCGCAGAAGGGCUCGGUCGUUAGGUUCUUACAGCGACGCUCCAGGAUUGGAAUACGGACGUUAGCGCGAGGCACCGGGACAAAAUAGCCUGUGUUUUCCCCCAGCCUUUUGCAGGUGAUUUGGGAUAGAAGCUGUCAAGAGUUUCUAACUUACAAACUGGUUUAAAGCCAUUGAUGCCCAGAAAGCGAGUAUACGACAUUUUAGAGGCUUACUUUUCAUGGUACAAAAGCAAUUCUAUGUGAUUUUUUUUUUUAAGAAAAUGCAAAUGCAAACUAGUUUUGAUAAUGGAAAGCCAAAUUUUGGUUGGGGAAAGGGGGGGGGUGGAUGAAAUCACUAUGGGGGGAAUGUUUUUCCAAGAUUUCCAAAGAGAUGGAAUUUUUUAUCCUUCAAGUUUUCAUGUUAAACAGUAUGGUAGAUUGGGCUGGCUGUCCUGCUCAGUCUCCCAUUUUUAAAAAAUUGCCUUUGUAAAGUGAAAUUAUUAGGAUGCAGCAGAAACUGUCAUUCACUAAGUCAUUAAUAUACUUAAUGUUUCCAGGGCACUCUGUGCAUUACCCUCAGUCUCUGUGGAUACUGUCCUGGGACUCUGUAAAUUUCUGUGUCGAGUGCUCCCCAUAUUGUGUGUGUAUCUGCACUCCCCUUCCUGUCCACGUGUUCAUUUGGAUGCCAGUGGGUGGGGAGCAGGCACCCAGGGAGGGGAGUAGGCAGAUGUGUACGUGUGCCCAUGCACAGAUGCUGUGACGCAUUAUAUAGUGUCUCCCCGACAGACCCUCCUUUCUGGGGAUUAAUGCCAGCCAUCUUCCUGAGAGAGAUUUGGAGACCUUCGUGGUUAUUCGUUUAUUUUUUUUGAAUACCCCAUCCCAAAAGACAGAGCUUAAUAUGUUAAAACGUCAUUGCUUAAGAAGGUAUCAUUGAAUUUGGGGGAUGAGCUGGGGCAUUUUAACUGGUGAUUCCACUCUCACAGCUCCUGAAACAAUAAAUAACCCAGGCACUUGUACUUAGAAGAACACACAAAGUUGCCGAACACCACAGGGUAAAUUUCCCAAGGCUCUGAUCAUUGUUCUGGGCAGAGCCUGGACAGAGCAAAUCAGUGCAUCCUUUUUUUCCCUACAGUUUUUGGGUUACAAACUUCAGUUUCAGGGAAUUUCAAGUCAACAACACGUAGAAUGAAUAAAUACUUGGUUACCAGCCUAAUAAUGUGAAUUGCUACAGAAUUACUCUUAUUAUGUAAGACAACGAAAACUUUAUGCAGAUACUUUAGCUAUAAAUUGAUGUAAACUAUUGAUUUUUUUUUUUAAAGGAAGGGGAGAGGAGUAUCUUGUUCACUUAUUAUGCAAUCAGUAAAUAUUUUUAAAAAAUGAUACUAUAGGAGAGCUUAUUAAGGAGAGCGCGUGGAUGGGCCAGUUUGGUGCAGUUAGGAGAAAUCAGUCUGGUUGUUCCGUCCCAGUGGAGGGAGAGAACGGAGGUGAGGGGGAAUCAGAACGUCUUUAGUUGAUUCCUGGGUGACAAGUGCAAUGGGGUAUGGGUAGAAUUUAUUUUCAGAGCCAAGGGGACUUGAUGGAUAUAAAUAAAGUUGCUUUUAGCAAUGGAAUUUAUAGACAGAUCAUGUUGUUCCGAAAGAUGUGAAUAGGACCCAUGAUAGCAAGUUGAUUCAGAAUUAUGUAGAUAUUUAGAUAAGCGAGUGUUGAUCAUUUGAUUUCUUAGACUGAGGUUUUAAUUGAAUUUCAUUAUGUCUCCCGGUAGUACACAGAUGAUCGGGAUUAGGAAAUUAGCCAUUUUGGAUUCUGCCUGCCACAAACAGACCUAUUCUAAACAGUGCUAUUAAAUUUUAGACUGUUCAAAUAUUUUAUUUUCUCCUACAACUACUUUUUAUUAUAAUGAACAAUUAAGACCAUUUAAAACACGGGAGUACAAGUAUUUUUUUGAAUUAAAUUAACUUGCAAAAACCAAAUUUGCAGUGGUUGGGUUGUUUCUAGACAGACUUUGGUAUCAAUUUAAAACCAAGAUAAUUUUUAUAUUCUUUCCAAUAGAAUUUCAUGACAACUCCUGCAGUUUUCUUAACCUACAAAAAAAAAAAAAUGUGCUGCAAUGAUGAACAAAGAAUUCUACAAAACCUACUUUUGUAUCUUUAUUUUGGAAUUUCUUGUUCUAUUAUAAAUAUGGAAGUAUCCCUAUUUCAGAAGACAUAUUUUGUUAAAAAUGAAUUGUACAUAUUUAAAUAUGUAUUUUUGCACAGGUCUUUUUUUCUGAUAUCCUGUUUUGGUACAAUUGAGAUCAUCUAGUAUUUAUUUAUUAAUUAAUAAAAGUAAAUACCUUUUUAUAA